AUGGCCUCCCUCCCCUCCCAGUACCCUUCACUGGCCCUCCACCUAACGGACCGCGCCCUCAACCCGAUCCUGACCUCGGCGCACUCCCAGCCCCAGCUCGAGGCCCUCACCUCCCUGACCACGACCUCCCUGACCGCCCACGCCGCCGCGAACCGCUUCUCCCUCGGCCCCGCCCAGCGCAUCAUCGUCGAACACGGGCCAGGGAGCCCCGUCGUCCUGGCCUCCUUCCUCAACGGCGCCGACGCCCUGCCGAACGGUAGAGAAGGCUCCGCCCCCGCCGCCGCUGCGAAUAACCAUACCUCUUCUACCUCAAGGCCGAUAUCGUCGGGUGCUGCGGCUGGUGCUAUCCCCACAGCGGAGUCAUCCGCGGCGGCUGCGUCGUUGGCCAGGACGGGCGCGAUACCUGACACGGGAAAACCGGGUGAGGACUCGGAGAAUGCGGCGCCUAUGCUGGUUGGCGUCGUAGUUGCGGCGACGGGUGAGGAGGCCAUGGAGGCGCGUCGCGCUGCCGGCAGACUUGAGAGGGUAGGCAGGGAAUUUCAACGUGAAUGGGCCGCCGAAGAAGGUACAGGCGACAUGACCGAUGGUGCUCAACGAUAG